AUGCUAGAUGCAGAUUCUACAAUAUAUGCACUAUCUACAGCACCCGGCAGGGCAGCGAUUGCUGUCGUACGGAUAUCGGGUCCAGCAUGUGCCUCGAUAUACAAGUCCCUAUGUCCUAACAGACCCCUGCCGAAACCACGCUUUGCGGCACUACGCACAUUAUACGACCCCUCGCACCCACCUUCCCCAAACACCGUCCUAGACGCAGGCGCCCUAGUCCUCUACUUUCCCGGCCCGAAGACCGUCACAGGCGAGGAUGUACUGGAGCUACACAUACACGGCGGACCCGCGAUUGUCAAGGCAGUGCUAUCUGCUAUAGAAUGCACCAAUCAAUCCGACGCGGUAGUCCGGUACGCCGAGCCGGGCGAGUUCACCCGCCGCGCCUUCAUGAAUGACCGACUGGGUCUCCCGCAAAUCGAAGCCCUAGGCGAUACGCUUUCCGCAGAUACAGAGCAGCAGCGGCGUCUGGCUGUGCGAGGCGCAAGCGAUGCCUUAUUAAAGCGGUACGAGCUCUGGCGCCAGACGCUGCUGUAUGCGCGCGGCGAGCUGGAGGCGUUGAUUGAUUUCUCCGAGGACCAGCAUUUCGACGAAUCUACCGAGGAACUCGUUGCAUCUGUUUCGGGACAGGUGCGUGCGCUGGCGGUGCAGAUUGGAUUUCAUGUGCAGAAUGCUAGUAAGGGUGAGUUAUUGCGGAGUGGAAUUCGGGUUGCCCUACUUGGUGCGCCGAAUGCCGGAAAGAGUUCGUUGUUGAAUCGGGUUGUUGGGAAGGAGGCUGCUAUUGUUAGUACGGAGGAGGGGACUACGCGUGAUAUUGUGGAUGUUGGUGUUGAUCUUGGGGGGUGGUAUUGCAAGCUGGGUGAUAUGGCUGGGAUUCGUGCAGAGGUUGGCGGGUCGGGGACGGUUGUGAUUGGUGCUGUGGAGAAGGAGGGGAUUCGGAGGGCUAGGGAGAGGGCUCUUGAAUCUGAUGUUGUUGUUGUAGUUGUUUCGUUGGAAGAUGGUGGCGGGGACGUGCGGUUGUCUGUGGAACCCGAGGUCUUGGACGCCGUGAAUGACUGUGUGGAGGCUGGGAAAUGCCUCGUUGUUGCUGUCAACAAAUGCGACAAGUUACGAGCUGAUGAGAGGGGGAAUUCGCUGCCGCAAGCUCUAGAGAAGACUAUUCGUGAUGUCUUCCCUGCUGUGCCGGCAGACCGGGUCUUUGCUAUAUCCUGUUAUGAAGCGCAGCGCGGGUCGCUGUCUUCUGUUGAUGACCAGGGCCUGAAGCAGACAGACCCGGGCAAUGUACAGGCAUUCUUACGGGGGCUCAUCUCGACUUUCGAGCAGAUCGCGUCGCCGCUCGGUACGGAUGGAGAUGAAAGUGGUCAAUAUGAUAAAUCGUAUUGGGAAGAUUCACUAGGCGUCACACAUCGACAAAGCUCGAAUCUACAGAAAUGUCUCGACCAUUUGAACGACUUCCUAUACCAGACAACGGCUGCUAUCUCCAACACUUCUGACUCUCUUGACCAUAACCCCGCCUCCAUCGAUGUUGAAAUCGAUAUCGUGACCGCCGCCGAGCACUUGCGCUUUGCCGCCGAUAUGCUGGCCAAGAUUACCGGUCAAGGCGAGAGCGGGGAUGUUGAAGAUGUGCUCGGCGUGGUCUUUGAGAAAUUCUGCGUCGGCAAGUGA